CUGUUCAAAUUUUGGCUAUUUUUACGAACCUGACAGUAUAAGUACAAGCAUAGCAAAACACAGAGCACUCUGCCUCUUGCAACUAAGACGAGAGAGCUAUUCGCUUCCCUUGAGAAAGCGCGAGGGAGGCGACGCGAACACCGGAAAAUUAGCGCAUUUGAAGGACGGCGGCAGCGGCGGUGGCUCUACUCUGAAGAGAAAGCUGAGAUAGAGAUGAGUGAGAAGAGAUUCGCCGUCCUUCUCUGCGCUGAGGAUUCGGAUUUCGUGAAGAAGAUGUAUGGGGGAUACUCUGGAGUAUUCGUUGGAAUGUUGGGAGAUGGAGAGAUUUGGGACUUUUACAGAGUCCUCUCUGGUGAUUUUCCUCGGGAAGAGGUUCUGGAUUGCUACGAUGGAUUUGUGGUCUCCGGUAGCUGUAGCGAUGCUCACGGCAAUGAUAUCUGGAUCUUGAAACUUGUCAAUCUCUUGAAGAAGUUGGAUUUCAUGAAGAAGAGAAUCCUAGGCAUCUGUUUUGGUCACCAG